AUAAAACCACUCACACACUCACAGUGGCAGCACAAGAAGUUUGAAACUUUCUACCUGAACGAUGGGAGUCAUCAUCUCACACAUCUUCUCCAGAUUCACCUCCAAAACACCUGUCAGGAUCUUAAUGGUGGGUCUAGAUGCAGCAGGUAAAACCACUCUGCUGUACAGACUGAAGCUGGCCGAAGUCGUCACCACCAUCCCGACUAUAGGUUUUAACGUGGAGACAGUGGAGUAUAAGAACAUCAGUUUCACAGUGUGGGAUGUUGGUGGUCAGACGAUCAUCAGACCUCUGUGGAGACAUUACUUCACCAACACACAGGGUCUGAUAUUUGUGGUGGAUAGCAACGACCCAGAGAGGAUUAAAGAAGCUGCUGACGAGCUGCACAGGAUGUUGGAGGAGGAUGAGUUGAGGGGCGUAGCUGUACUGGUGUUCGCUAACAAACAGGAUUUACCCCGAGCCAUGUCUGGCAGUGACAUCACCGAGGCUCUCCGCCUAUCAGGAGUCUCUCAGCCGUGGUCUGUGCAGGCAUCCUGUGCUGUCAGUGGGUCUGGUCUGGUGGAGGGUCUGGACUGGCUCUCAGACCAGAUCCUGAAAAAGUAGACGCAGAUGUGAACUCUCAAACAGGAAGUCUGGAAUGAACCUGGACGAGGCAGAAAGUCCUGGAGAAAAAUAAAGAAUCCCUCACAUAGCUUUUCAAAAUCACUUAUCUGAAACUUUUAAAGAGGCUCUAUCAUGCUAUUUGGGCUUUUCCAUUCCCUGUAGUGUGUUUUAAAGGUUUUUGUGCAUGUAAAUGGUCUGCAAAGGCUAACAUCCCAAAGUUCCUGGGAUUUUACUUCUGUAACAUAGUGACAUCACUACAUAACACUCACGCUUCUAUUGGCUAGCGUUCAAACACAUUGUACGUGAAAGGCUAAUAGGUGGGACAUUUCUAAGUGGUUGACCAAUCACAACAGAGCCGGCCAGCUAACCAAUCAGAGCAGACUGGGCUCUGGUUUCAGACAGAGGGUGAAAAGAGGUGCUGCAGCACAGGCAGUGUGAGAGAAAUAAAGAGCUGUUUGAACAUUAAAGCAUGGAGACAUGUCCCAGUGGAGACACAACAUAACAUUUGAACCUGAAGAUGACAGAAUACGAUCCCUUUAAAAGCAGUGCACAUUUUCUAUUUCAAUAUCUCAAUCUGCUUUUACACUACAAUGGAGUAAAAAGGUUAUUAUCUGUGCAUGUUCAAUCAACUCAGAUUUAUGAUGUAAACGUUGUUUUUUCUAUCACAAAAGUGAACGCAUAGUUUGUGGCAAUGAAAAUACAUUUCGGACGUAAAAAUCAAUAAAGCAAAAAGUGCAAUUCAAUAGUACAUGAUACAUAAUAGUGCAAGUAAAAGACAGCAAUUCCAAAGAUAUAUACAUACAAAUUGAAUAAGAUUGAACAAUGUUAAAUGAAAUGCUCUUAAGUAGGAUACAUACUGUGUAUACUGUAGUAUUAUAUACAAAUGUGGAUAUAUGAAAUUAAGAUGUGUGUAUUAUAAAAUAUUGUCCUGCAUACUUUAUCA